AUGCCUCGUCCUGUUUCUCAAUUUCUCCAUUUCCCUCUUCAUCAGGGAAAAAAUACAGACACUAAUCCAGAUGAGUUGCCUGGCCAUUCUCAAGCUUCAUUUGCAUCUUCUGCUCCAACAGUUGCUGGUAGAGAUUCCGAUGAUGGAAAUAUUGUAGAAUGCAAAGGCGGACAAAAAGAUGAGCAAGGGGGCGACCAUGAUUCCCUUUCAAGGCAGCCGUUAUGGCGCAAAGUGCCAGUACCUUCAAACCUAAUCAACCCGUACCGAAUAGUCAUUGUGCUGCGACUGAUCAUCCUAGCUUUCUUCUUCCGCUUCCGGAUUUCCAAUCCUGUUCACGAUGCGUACGCCUUAUGGCUCAUCUCUGUAAUCUGCGAAGUCUGGUUUACUCUGUCUUGGAUUCUCGACCAACUUCCCAAAUGGUUCCCCAUCACGCGCGAAACUUACCUGGACCGCCUGUCCAUUAGGUUUGAGCACAAAGAGCCAAACCGUCUAGCCCCAGUUGAUGUUUUUGUAACUACCGUAGACCCGUCGAAGGAGUCACCUAUUGCAACGGCAAACGCGGUUCUCUCAAUCUUGUCCCUUGAUUACCCUGUUGAGAAGGUCACCUGCUACGUCUCCGACGACGCUGCGUCUCUUCUGCUUUUUAAUACUCUAUCUGAAACUGCCGAAUUCGCAAGAACAUGGGUUCCAUUCUGCAAGAAGUAUGAUAUUGAGCCACGGGCACCUGAGUUCUAUUUCUCUCAGAAAGUUGAUUACUUCAAAGAUAAAGUGCACCCCGCAUUUGUUAAGGAGCGCAGGGCCAUUAAGAGAGAGUAUGAAGAAUUCAAAGUAAAAAUUAAUGCAUUGGUGGCAGAGGCUCAGAAAAAACCGGAGAAGGGGUGGGUGAUGCAGAAUGGUAUGCCAUGGCCAGGGGUCAACACUGACGAUCAUCCAGGAAUUUGUCAGGUCUCUCUGGGAGGUGAUGGUACUCCGGAUGUUGAAGGUAAGGAAUUGCCACGGCUUGUGUAUGUUUCACGAGAAAAUCGCCCUGGCUAUCAACACCACAAGAAAUCUGGUGCCUUGAAUGCUCUGGUUCGAGUCUCUGCUGUGCUUACAAAUGCCCCUUUCUUGUUGAAUAUGGAUUGCGACCACUACAUCAACAAUAGCAAGGCUAUAAGGGAGGCUAUGUGCUUUCUAAUGGACCCCAAUGGAAGGCGCCUCUGUUUUGUCCAGUUUCCAUUGAGUUUCGAUAGCAUGGAUAGCCAUGACAGAUAUGCUAAUCACAAUACCCUUUUUUUCAAUAUCAACAUGAAAAGCCUUGAUGGGAUUCAAGGUCCGGAAUAUUUUGGUACUGGAUGUGUACUUAACAGGCGGGCUUUAUAUGGCUAUGACCCGCAAAUAUUUAAGAGAAGUUCGAAGAUUAAUUGCGACUGGUGGCCUAUGUGGUGUAGCUGUUGUUGCGGUGGUUCUGAUUCCGUGAUUGAUCUUGAAGAGAUUGAUGAAAAUCUUGAAGACUAUGAUAAACUAGAUAUAUUUGAUCUCAAGGACAUGGAAGAAUCGCUUGAAAGUUCUGACGUGGAGGAAAUACUAGAAAUACUUGAUCUUGGGCAGAGUGGAGAAGAUCUUGAAGGUUAUGAGGAGACAGAGGAACCAUCCCCCAUGUCACGGGAAAAAUUUGUGAAACGAUUUGGGCGGUCACCAAUUUUUGUUGCUUCCACUUUGAGGGGGUCUGGCGGGGUUCCAGAAGGCGCUAAUGCUAUGAAGGAGGCCAUUCAUGUUAUAUGUUGUGAUUAUGAAGAGAAAACAGAAUGGGGCAAAGAGAUUGGUUGGAUUUAUGGUUCAGUCACGGAAGGGAUCUUGACUGGUUUUAAGAUGCAUUGUAGAGGAUGGAAAUCAGCGUACUGCAUACCAAAAAGAGCAGCUUUCAAGGGCUUUGCUCCAGUAAAUCUAUCAGAUCAAUUAUUCGAGAUUUUGAGACGGGCUCUUGGUUCCGUUCAGAUACUCUUUAGUCCCCAUUGCCCGAUGUGGUAUGGCUAUAAAGGAAAACUGAAGUGGCUUCAGAGGCUGGCUUAUACUAAUACAAUUGUUUACCCAAUCACUUCAAUCCCUUUGUUAAUAUACUGUACAAUUCCAGCUGUCUGUCUUCUGACAGGAAAGUUCAUCAUCCCAACGUUGACAAUUCUUGAUAGCAUUUGGUUAAUGGCGCUUUUUGUCUCCGUCAUCUCAACUUCCGCGCUAGAGCUUCGAUGGAGCAGGGUUAGCAUUCAUGACUGGUGGCGCAAUGAGCAACUCUGGAUCAUUGGAGGUGUUUCUUCCCAUUUGUUUGCUUUAUUUCAAGGUCUCCUUGAAGUUGUUACUGGAGCAGAUACUGAUUUCGUUGGCCGGGCAAAGACAACAAGUAACACUGGCUUCUACCUCUUAAAGUGGACUAAUCUUCUCAUCCCACCAACCACUCUCGUAAUCUUGAAUGUUGUGGGAAUUAUGGCUGGCAUCUCAGAUGCCGUCAACAAUGGCUAUGGCUCAUGGGGACUUUUAUUUGGUAAACUAUUUUUAGCCUUCUGGGUUAUUGUGCACUUGCAUCCUUUCCUCAGAGGUCUGAUGGGAAAGCAAAAUAGGACUCCUACUAUCGUUGUCCUCUGGUCACUAUUUGUAGCUUUAGUUUUGUCAUUGCUUUGGGUUCGGAUCGACCCAUUUUUGCCCAGGCAAAGUGGUCCGGUACUUAAACAAUGUGGGGUAGAAUGUUGAAGUUGCAGAGACUAGUGGAUGUAGUGGUGUCCCAUUUCGUUUGAUGGUUUUGGAAUUUUACAUUUCAGGAAGACUGUUAAUGUAGUAUGUAACACCUCACAUAAUUAUAUAUACAAAC